CGCCAGUCGCGCGCGGUGCGCAAACGUGAGCGCCGUUUUUUACGCUGCAAUCUCGUCGUCGCGGUCCAGCGUCGCGCUUCGCGGAACACCGCGUUGUCCGCGUUGGAAGUGCAGUAUCAGUGAGCCGAGCUGUGAGACGUGAGGUGCAUGGUGGUGAAGGCGUGGGUACACAGGAUGAGCGAUGCCGGCGGCGGCUGCGACGAGAGCGCCGGCCGGUCGAGCGCCCGCUGGCCUGUGGGCAUCCUGCGGCGCAGCGGUGCCCGCGCCGCCCGCCGUGUGCUGCACGUCAAGUACCGAAGCGUACCUCCAACUCCUGCGGCCAUCCCCGCGCCCGCGGUCUUGCCCCUUGACAUUGAUGAUACGGUCUCGUGCUUCUGCAGGUGUGUCCGCGUCUUUUGGCCUUUAAGGAAGGCGCGCCGCAAGGAGCGCGAAGGUGAGCCAGCGGGCGACCCCAAGCUGUACCUGCAGGAGGCGCUGCUGGAGCGCAAGCUGCCCGAGCUCGACAUGCGGCAGCUCGUCGACCUGCCGCUGGGCCUCGACUACAACGAGUGGCUCGCCUCACACACGCUGGCGCUGUUCGACCACGUGAACCUGCUGUACGGCACGGUGUCGGAGUUCUGCACGGCCGCCAGCUGCCCCGACAUGACGGGCCCGGGCGGCCGCACCUACGCCUGGUACGACGAGCGCGGCAAGAAGUCCCGCGUCGCUGCGCCGCAGUACGUCGAUUACGUCAUGACUUUCACGCAGAAGACUGUCAACGACGAAACCGUCUUUCCUACUAAGUAUGCACAUGUGUGCAGCGAACGAGUUCCCGGCGCAGUUCGAGGGCGUGGUGCGGCGCGUGGUGCGGCUGUUGUUCCACGUGGUGGCGCACAUGUACGCCGCGCACUUCCGCCAGCUGGCGCUGCUGCGCCUGCACGCGCAUCUGCACCUCACGUUCGCGCACCUCACCGCGCUCGACCGCCGCUUCGCGCUGCUCGACCACAAGGAGACCGAGGUCGGUGCCGAGACCGCCCAGGCCGGGUGAGUAGCAGAGGCCGCGAGGCUGACCGUAGCGUGGUGCGCAGGUGCUGCGCGACCUGGAGGUGGCGCUGCGGCUGUCGGAGCCGGCGGCGGGCGAGGCGCCGGACGACGCGUCGCCGCGCCGCCGCGAGCCCGUCGUCACGCAGCCGCUGGCCACGGCGUGAGGCCGGCGCCGCGCGGGCCCGCCACCCUCGCCGCCGCCGACUGUUUCGCCAGUUAAACGAUUGUUAAUUCUAUUGUAAAUAUUUCGAUCUGUUAAGUAGUUUUAGGUGAUUACGAAUAGUUUUACUUAUAAUUUGUGAUCGCUUUGGUUGUAAAUAAAAGUGAUAUUUGUUUAACUAAUAAAAUGAAAGCUUUAUGAGAAUACCUAGUUUUUUACUUAACUAAAAGGUAAGGAAGCUAAAAAUAGAAUAAUACAAAAU